CGCUACCAUGUGUUCUGACUGAAGGUCGAUAUAAGAAAAUAGAAAGAAAGCGUCAAUAAGGUUUACACUACAGACAGCAUAUCAUUGAAAGUGGAUACUAGUUAAAUUUUACCUGUCCGUCACACGAUAAAGGAUAAGGAGAUGAGUUAGCAAGACAAUGUCAGGAGUUUUACAAACGUACAAUAUGGAAGACCUCGAUGGUCAGCAAGGGCAAGGUGAUUCAAUGGUAUCGGGACGUAGCCUUGGUAACGGACACCACAGUCGUCCUCAGUCACCACUUAAAUUCUUUUCCCAAGCCAAAAAAACUAUCAAUGAUAUCUUUAAAGAAAUAUUGGAAUAUAUCAACGAGUCAAAAACAUUCCUCACAGACCACAAAGAUGGCUCUGAGGAAAAGAAACAUGUAGAAGAGUUUCAGGAAAUGGUGAGAGGCAUCAUAGAAGUUUUGGCUCGUGAUCACAUGAAAGUUUGCUUCUUUGGAAGGACAUCCAAUGGAAAAAGCUCUGUGAUAAAUGCUAUGUUACGAAAGAAGAUCCUGCCUAGUGGCAUUGGACACACAACCAACUGUUUCCUACAGGUAGAGGGAUGUGAUGGAAAUGAUGGCUGUCUAUACACCGAGGAGUCUGACGAGCCUAAAAGUGUCAACUCGGUAAAACAGCUGGCUAGUGCCCUAAGUACAGCAAAACUGAAGGAAAACUCAUUGAUCAGGAUCUUGUGGCCAAAGGAAAAGUGUCGCCUUCUCAAGGAGGAUGUUGUCUUCUUAGACAGCCCUGGCAUUGACGUGACACCUGACCUUGAUGAAUGGAUCGACAAAUUUUGUCUGGAUGCAGAUGUGUUUGUACUUGUGGCCAAUUCUGAGUCUACCUUGAUGAGGACGGAAAAGAAGUUCUUCCACAAAGUGAGUGACCGCCUUUCCAAGCCAAACAUUUUCAUCCUCCAGAAUCGAUGGGAUGUGUCUGUGCUAGAGGAAGAUGCUGAGGAGGUUCAUUCAGUGAAAGAACAACAUUACCAACGGAAUGUGGAAUUUCUCUGUGAUGAGCUGAAAGUCGCAAACAUUCAGGAAGCCAAGAACAGGAUCUUUUUUGUAUCAGCAAAGGAAGCCCUUAUCACUCGCCUUCAUGAGGAUAAUCAAACUCCCACCCCCACUGGAUCCUUACAGCGCGACUUUACAGACCGUUUGUUUGAGUUUGCCAACUUUGAGAGAAUGUUUGAAGUGUGUAUCUCUAAGUCAGCUGUAAAGACAAAGUUUGAGCAGCAUGCCAAGCGUGGCAAGAAAGUUAAUGCUAAUCUUCGGGAUGUUAUGGAAAAAACCUACACAAGCAGUCUGCAAAAGAUGGAAGAGUCAGUACGUGUCCGACAGGAAACAGCAGAUGAGCUUGACUACUUAGAGAAACAGUUGAUCCUACUGACUGGUGACAUGAAGGACAAAAUCCGCUUCAUGGUGGAUGAUGUUGAACGAAAAGUGUCCACGGCACUUAGUGAGGAAAUCCGACGUCUGUCCUCAAUAGUCGAUGAAUUUGAACGACCAUUUCAUCCUGACUCUGUACUCCUUAAUGCGUAUAAGAAGGAAUUGCAUAGCCAUGUUGAGGGUGGGCUAGGCCGGAACCUACAGCAGCGCUGCUCAUACGUACUACAGCAUUCAGUGGAAGAAACACAGACAGAAAUGACAGAACGUAUUGCAGUAUUAUUGCCAGAGGAAACUAAACAACAGCUGUAUAACCUAGUACCACGACGGGAUUUUGAGAUUGCUUACCGACUGGACUGUCGUAAUCUGUGUGCUGACUUUCAGGAAGAUAUACAGUUUCGCUUCUCUAUGGGUCUUACUGCACUGAUGCAGCGAUUUCUGGGAAGAAAGGGGACUCAUUCCGUUCUGACUGGUCACUCUGAUACGAUUCCACGGCCAAUGUCAGAUGGCGGUCCACAGACACCCCUUGGAGAGUUUUAUCGGCCACUUGCCCCAGAGCAGAACAACCAGGUGCUCUUCUCCAUGAUCACGACUUUUGCAUCCAUUACCUCACGUACCACUAUGGGAGCCAUCAUUGUCGGAGGCCUUAUUGCCAAGGCUGCAGGCUGGAAGGUGAUUGUUGUGACAAGUGGCCUGUAUGGACUACUGUAUAUGUAUGAGCGGCUGACUUGGACAAACAAAGCCAAGGAACGAUCGUUCAAACGUCAAUAUGUUGACUACGCAUCCAGUAAACUUAAACUGAUUGUGGAUCUGACAAGUGCCAACUGUAGUCACCAAGUACAGCAGGAACUGACAUCUACGUUUGCUCGCCUCUGUAACCAAGUAGAUAUAUCUAAAGAAAAACUUCAGGCAGAAAUCUGUACUCUUGACAAAGACCUUGCUCAUCUCAAGGAGGUCUCUGCCAAGGCCAAGCUUCUCAGAAACAAAUCUGAUUGGCUGGAUAAGCAGCUGAAUGGAUUCAUAGAGGAAUUUCUGGUGAAACCAGAUGCAUGAGAGAACUGUUAAUUGCAGUCUAGUUGAAACUAAGUCAGAUCUUGUUUGGCUACACAAGGACAGCCAUUGUGGUCAGUUUGUGUCAUAAUAUGGACAACAAUCUCCAAAUGUUGCUAGUAAUUUCUGUCAAACAGAGACCUUCUAUCUACAUUGGAGGGGAUUUCAUGACAUAACACGCUGUACAACAUGAAUUAUAUGCAUAGUCUACCAAAGAGAGGAAAUGACGUAGGAAUGAUUGACAGAUUUGUGGGAUGAAAUUGAUCCUAUAAAACUAGCAAUGAUUCUUCUUCCUCUACUUUAAGAUUGAAAUAGACUAUUUAUUAAAAUUUUGUAUUGACUGUAUACAUGUAUAUUAAACUGACUGUAACAUAUGCCUGUCUAUAUGAAUAGUUAAAAAUGCAGUACAAGUUUGACAAGUCUUCCAUCGUCCAGAGGAAGGACUGAUGGAAGUUUUCAUUGUCAUCAAAAAAAAUAUUGAAUGUUUAUCAAAUAUUUCAAGGAAGUUUUCACUGACAUAAUACAUUUGGUUUUCCAAGUGAUUCUGUAAAAACAAUGCCAGCUUUUGAGUCAUUCCUUGGUGAAGACUUUGUUGAGAUUAAAGAGUGAUAUCUUUUAAACUAAUUCAUGAAUAGUGUCGUCGUUAUGUGGAGAGUAUUAUGAAUUGUGAUGUUGUGGCCUCCUUGUCCUACUAUCAUAAUAUAAUUGGGCUCUUGUCUGUGAGAAACCUUUUCUAUACCACACUAUGAAAUAUGAAGGCGCUGACAGCAUACCCUGUCCAUUAGUCAAUUUUUUCUUCUCACAGGUUUAAUUUUGCAUUUCACUCUGACAGUUAUUGUUUAAAGGAGUUGAUAUUUUACACAGAAAUCUUUUUUUAUUAUAUAACAUUGGUACAAAGCAGUCAGAUUUUCAAAAAAUAGAUUAUUUCAAAUUUCUUAAAUCAGUCAGCGCCAAUAUGAUGCAUUUACCCAAAAACAGAUAUCGAUCACAGCAGGGUUUUUUGAAAACAUUUGAGUUGUUAUAUACAUUGUCAAUUAAGUGCAAAGAUUGGGCUUUGUGUUAUUUUUAUGCUGCAAGCCCAAACAUACAGACAGAUCUGUUAAUUUUUAUGAAAUGGAGAGGGGGGUGUAUAUUAGGUAGGAAAUCUAUCAGCAGUGAUGAGAUAAAAUUUGUAACAUGUCUUGUCUUUGUGUUUGACUUAAGUCUAUAAACUGUAAUUCUAUCAUCAGCUUUUUGUGUGUCAGAUGUUACUAUUAUAGAUGUUUUUACUUGUUAUUGUUAGAUAUGUUUUAUAUUAACGUUUUUUUACAUUGUUAGAUGUAAUUACAUAAUUUUGUUUCCUCUGUGACAAAAAAUCACGGAAGUGAGGUAUGUAGUGUAACUUUUCUGUCAGUAUCGUCAGCAUUUCAAUUUUAAGUUGUGUCUUAAGAUAAGUUGCAGGAAAAGAUAUGUUCAGCUUUAACCAAACUUGGUAUAUAGCUAGAUAACAUAGUGGACACACCCAUCAUUUACCAACAAAGUGGACACACCCAUUAUUCACCCAAUAUGAUUCAGACUUUUCUGCAGUGAUUCUGAGAUAAUAUAGUGGACACACCCAUCAUUUACCAACAAAGUGGACACACCCAUUAUUUACCCAAUAUGAUUCAGACUUUUCUGCAGUGAUUCUGAGAUAAUAUAUUGGACACACCCAUCAUUUACCCAAUAUGAUUCAGACUUUUCUGCAGUGAUUCUGAGAUAAUAUAUUGGACACACCCAUCAUUUACCCAAUAUGAUUCAGACUUUUCUGCAGUGAUUCUGAGAUAAUAUAUUGGACACACCCAUCAUUUACCCAAUAUGAUUCAGACUUUUCUGCAGUGAUUCUGAAAUAAUAUAUUGGACACACCCAUCAUUUACCCAAUAUGAUUCAGACUUUUCUGCAGUGAUUCUGAAAUAAUAUAUUGGACACACCCAUCAUUUACCCAAUAUGAUUCAGACUUUUCUGCAGUGAUUCUGAGAUAAUAUAUUGGACACACCCAUCAUUUACCCAAUAUGAUUCAGACUUUUCUGCAGUGAUUCUGAGAUAAUAUAUUGGACACACCCAUCAUUUACCCAAUAUCAAUCAGACUUUUCUGCAGUGAUUCUGAGAUAAUAUAUUGGACACACCCAUCAUUUACCCAAUAUGAUUAAGACUUUUCUGCAGUGAUUCUGAGAUAAUAUAUUGGACACACCCAUCAUUUACCCAAUAUGAUUCAGACUUUUCUGCAGUGAUUCUGAAAUAAUAUAUUGGACACACCCAUCAUUUACCCAAUAUGAUUCAGACUUUUCUGCAGUGAUUCUGAAAUAAUAUAUUGGACACACCCAUCAUUUACCCAAUAUGAUUCAGACUUUUCUGCAGUGAUUCUGAAAUAAUAUAUUGGACACACCCAUCAUUUACCCAAUAUGAUUCAGACUUUUCUGCAGUGAUUCUGAGAUAAUAUAUUGGACACACCCAUCAUUUACCCAAUAUGAUUCAGACUUUUCUGCAGUGAUUCUGAGAUAAUAUAUUGGACACACCCAUCAUUUACCAACAAAGUGGACACACCCAUCAUUUACCCAAUAUGAUUCAGACUUUUCUGCAGUGAUUCUGAGAUAAUAUAUUGGACACACCCAUCAUUUACCCAAUAUGAUUCAGACUUUUCUGCAGUGAUUCUGAAAUAAUAUAUUGGACACACCCAUCAUUUACCCAAUAUGAUUCAGACUUUUCUGCAGUGAUUCCCUGAUAACAUAAUGGACACACCCAUCAUUUCCCAAAUAUCAAUCAAACUUUUCUGCAGUGAUUCUGAAAUGCUUGACUCAAAAGUUUUGCUUUUAGUACAGUUUCUCAUUAAAUGCAAGUGCUAUUCCAUUCCAACUUUGAAUUACAUUGUAGUGUGGACAUCUGGACCCAGCAAAUAGAUUUAGGUGAAAUUUAUUUCUUGUAUAUGGGACAAAAAAUUUCUAGAAAAUGACGACAAACUCUUUAUGGCUUGUUCUUUUCACUUCAGAUUAAGUUUAUAUAGUCAUGGUGGUCCAGUACUGUGGUAUGAUGAACAAUAUUAUCUUUGAUGUUUAAAACUUAUUAACUUGGAAAUUUUAUAUUGGUAGGGGGGUGGGGUGUUGAGGGGACAUAAAUUGCAAGCGUGUGUUUUGUGUUUGUUUAAAUAAUUUCCAUACAAAUUAUGUGGAAUAAAGUGACAGUUAACGUAAAUCAAAUUGUAAGGAAAGAAAACGUCUUAAAUGACAAUUCUUUCGUCUUUUUGACCUAUCAUGCUUGCUGAAACAAGCAACAGCUAGAAAUACUGAUGUGAUGCUGUCAUUAUACUGAAAAUCCAGAGAAUGUGUUCAUCACUGUAUGAUAUGUGAUUUAGUCACAUUAUUCUGCAGCAUUAACUUGUGCAAGCCAUUGAUUUAAGAUUGGGUCAAACAAGUUAUACUUGCAAUGUAAUUUCUUAUUAUAGAUAGGUCAGUGUUGAGCUAGACUUAAAAUAAUUUACAUGAAACAGAUUUGACUUUGUGUCGCAUUAAGCAAAUUUCAAUGGUUCUUUGAAUUUUGUUAGAAAAGACAUUUGUGUAUACAUUCAAGCAAAGACCACACAUCGAGAUAUCCCGUCAAGGGAGAUAAUUUACCUAGAUUUUACUUCCUGUGUUAUGGGUGUCACAUGUGCCUGAUUUUGCCAUUGUCGUUUUAAUGUUUUAUAUGUAGUGAAUAUCAUUUUAUUUAUGAUUGUAAGAAAUGAAACUUGAAUGUAUUAAAUACGAAGUCAUACAACU